GCGUGGAGGCCGUGCGUGCGCGCGCAGAGGUGGGCGCCAGGGCGGACCCACUGGGGGCAGGGGCUCCGCGGCCGGGCCUGCCCCUGGAGCAGCCCGUCCUUCGCUCAGGUGCGCGGUCCACGUCCAGGCAGGCCAAAGGGCCGCGGGCUAGGAAGGGACCGUGACGCCACGCACCUGCGUGUGGGCGUGUCCGCCGUAAGCUCGCGCGGGCGGAGGCCGGGACGAGUGACGUCAUGACCGUAGACUCUCUGGGGGGGAGGGCCCAGAAGCAGUCCCGUGACGUCAUGCGUUAGUGAUGGGGAGCAGGUUCGCGCAUGCGCAGAGCCUCCUUUCCCCCUGGCCGCCUGUGAGUGAGCGAUCCUCUUGUCCGAGCUCAGAAAGUGCUUGGAGAUCCUCGCACGCUCGACCCCUUCCCCCUAGAGGAAGCUGGCAGAGAAAGGAAUGGCCACCAGACUCCAGGCUGCCUCAGCCCAGGGCUCCUGGGAUUGUCCAUCUGUUCCCCGGCCAGCAGGCGUGUGCUCGGUGUUUCAGGAGCCCGUGACCUUCAGGGAUGUGGCCGUGGACUUCACUCCUGAGGAGUGGGGUCAGCUGGGCCCCCCUCAGAGGCAGCUGUACCAGGAUGUGAUGCUGGAGACCUAUCGGAACCUGGUCUCCCUGGGGCUUUGGAUUCCCAACCCAAAGGAGAUCUCCAGCCUGGAUCGAGGGGAAGAGCUCUGGAGGACAGAGGCUGAAGUCCUCCGAGGCACUUGGCCAGACUGGGCAGCUGGGCCUGAGACCAGGGAGCCAUACCCAGAACAGGACAUUUCUGAAGACCUCUUAUCACAAGGACUAUAAAGAACCUCAAUUGAUGGUUUCUGGGGCUGCAGGUUGGGAAGGAGACGCUUGAGGCAAGUGAUUCUUGAUGUGCUCUCCAAACAUGACCCUCUUGAGAGGCAGGUGGGCACCAGCUCAGGCCUCCUCAGUCCACCGAGAAUUCUGCCAGGAGAGAGACCCCAUCGAGGCAAUGCCAGACGAGAAAGAGACAAAGAACAUCAGACACUUAAGGCAGAGACAAUGGCUUAUUGGUCCAGCAACUGUAGCAAAGCCUUCAGGGAUUCCUCAGACUUGAUUCAGUGCAGUAAAACACAGACCAUGGAGAAAACUUCCAAGGGUGUAGAAUGUGGUCAAGUCUUUAGUCGAACCUCAUCCCCGAAUCAGCACCAGAGAAUUCACACUGGAGAGAGAUCUUAUGUGUGUAAAGAAUGUGGAAGAGCCUUCAUCCAUUCCUCCUCUCUCGAUGGGCAUGAGAGGAUUCAUACUGGAGAAAAACCCUAUAAGUGUAAUGAACGUGGGAAGGCCUUUAUCCAGGGCUCAUCCCUUGCUUACAUGGAGAGAACACACACAGGGGAGAAACCCUAUGAAUGCAAUGAGUGUGGGACAGCUUUCACACGGACUACAUGCCUUACUCGACAUCAGAGGCUUCAUACUAGAAAGAAGCCCUAUCUUUGUGAUAAUGGAAAAACCUUCAAUCAGUGUACAUAUCUUACCCAGCACCAGAGAAUCCACACUGGAGAAAAACCCUAUGAAUGCAGUGAAUGUGGGAAAGCUUUCAUUUCCACCAAGUCUCUAAUUGAACAUCAGAGAAUCCACACUGGAGAAAACCCCUUUAAAUGCAGUGAAUGUGGGAAAGCUUUUAACAGAAGUACAAAACUGACCCAACAUCAGAGAGUUCAUACUGGAGAGAAACCAUAUGAAUGUAAUGAGUGUGGGAAGGCCUUCAGUAAGAGUUCCAACCUUACUCAGCACCAGAGAAUUCAUACUGGAGAGAAGCCCUAUGAGUGUACUGAAUGUGGAAAAGCUUUCAGCCAGGGCACACACCUUACUCAACACCAAAGAAUUCAUACGGGGGAGAAGCCUUUUGAAUGUGAAGAGUGUGGAAAAGCUUUUACAGAAAGAUCAUCCUUCACUCAGCACCAGAGAAUUCACACAGGAAAAAGGCCAUUUGAAUGUGAAGAAUGUGGGAAAACCUUCAGCCGCAGUUCAUCCCUAACUCAACACCAGAGAAUUCAUACUGGAAUAAAACCUUAUAUGUGUAUUGACUGUGGGAAAACCUUCAGAGUGAGCUCGUUCCUUAAUGAACACAGGAGAAUUCACACUGGUGAGAAACGCUAUGAUUGUGAUGAAUGUGGAAAGGCCUUUAGGGUGAGCUCAGCCCUUAUUGAACAUAAGAGAGUUCACACUGGAGAAAAGCCUUUAGGGUGAGCUCAGCCCUUAUUGAACAUAAGAGAGUGCACACUGGAGAAAAACCCUUUCAGUGUGAUGAAUGUGGGAGGUCCUUUAACCGGCG